AUGGAGCGCGCACACGCAACCGCGCCCACAGGACGCAGGACGGGCCACACCCAAGCACGCAACGAGAUGGUGGGUGGGCGGGUUCCUCUUGCCCUCGCAGCAGCAGCAGACCAUCGCGAGGGGCUGAAGCGGCAGGCGCGCAGGCAGCGCAGGCAGCACAGGCACGACAGCCCGACAGUGCGAGUGGACCAGGCCCCUCCCCACUGGCCAGAAAAGGGUACUUCGUCGCUACCUCGAUCCUUGCUCUUUUCCUUCCCUCUCGUCCCUGCCUGCUCUUGUGUGAAUUGCGCCGUGAAAACAUUGGACCUGGACCUGGACCGGCCUUGGACGACCUCGAAAACCCAUCUGGCGACUUCGACCCCUGAGACGCCCCUUUUUGCCCCUGAAGCUCGCUCGGGCGCUGCGGCGCGGGGUGGGCAGAUAGCAUUUCAGUGGGCCGAUGUGCGCGCGAACGAUAUCUCGAGGGCAAGCCAUUGGCCGCAGCAAGGAAUCGACUGGGAGGUGCGGGCGAUGGACGGCGAUGGUGGGAGUUGCUCUUCGGAUUCGUGGUGGGGGCGGGACCAGCGCGGGGAGCGAGAUGCGAUUGCGCUGAGGCGCAUUCUGGAGAAGCUCGCCUGGCGCACAGGACAUGAUACGCUGCGACCGCCGCUCCACUACCUCGAGCGCCCACAGAUACGAAUUGAAAAUACAGCGCACGCGGCGUUGCAACGACCACCCGAGCCCGAGCCCCUCUCGUCCUCUGCCCCCCCUGGACAGCAAUCCGAUGGGUCCGAUUCGUCAUCGUCGUCUUCCAUCGCCCGUUCCGAGCCACAAUGCUCCCGGAUCGACUUCAUCUCACCCGUCCAAAGGCUGCUGCUUGUGAACGGAGAUAAGAUGUCUUGGCGUUCUGCCCAGAUCGUUCUUCAGCUCCGAGUACGACCUUCGUCCGCAACACCACCUGGGCCGUCGGGUCGGCGCAACCUGAAGAUCUCCUGGCGGUUGCGCGUGGCUGGGCAGUUCGUGUCGCAGCCUCAGUUGCUAUUCGCCCAGGCUUGGCUUCGCCUUCUUCGCAAAGGCAUUCCCAUCGCGUCCUGGCUCUGGCAUCUCCUCUGGGAAACAGCCACCUGGUACAGGCGCUCGAAUGUGCAGUCAGUGCCAGUGUCGUUGCGCGCGUCCGGGUCUACUGUCUCAAUCGCCCUUCUAUCCUGGUUGGGAUUUUUGCGAGUCCUCAGAACGAACGUUCAACAUGUUGCAGCUGCCGUCUUGCUCCAGUCCCUGCCUCGUAUGCAGGUCUCCGAGGCGGCCGCAGCCGAAGCCCCCAAGUUUGUGCGCCCAAGAGCUGCACCAUCUCUCCGCGAAAGCUCUCUGCCGCGCGUGCGCCACGCCUUCGUUGCUACCCAACGACCGUGA